CGCCAUGUGUAGGAACUGAGAGCGGGCUCGGGCUGGUUUUUAGUCACUUUAUUUUUGUUUUGUUGUUGUUUUUGUUGUUGCUGACGUCAUUUCGAACGUUUUCGACCAGACGUUCCAUUUGGGUUUGCGUCGUCGCCAUGGAGAAGUUCGACCCGGACACGCACGAGUAUCCCCAUCCGUUCAUUCACGAGGUGAAGCUGACCAGAGAGCAGAGGCUCAAGGGCAUCCUCCUCGGCCUCUUCCUCUUCCCGAUGCGAGUCUCCAUGGCGGUCCUCUGCUUCCUCAUCAUGUGGCCCGUGGCCCGGCUGCGGCUGGCCGGCCUGUCGGCGGAGGAGCGCUCCCGGCCGGUGACGGGCUGGCGGCGCUGGCUCAUCCACCCGGUCGUCCGGCUGAUGAGCCGAGCCGUCUUCUUCUCCGUAGGCUUCCACUGGGUGAAGGUCAAAGGUCGCAGGGCGGGGCUGAAGGAGGCGCCGAUGCUGGUGGCGGCCCCCCACAGCAGCUUCCUGGACAUGCUGGUCCUCCCCACCGCCCAGCUGCCCACGGUGGUGUCACGAUCGGAGAACACGAGCCUGCCGGUCAUCGGAGCUCUGCUGGAGUUCAACCAGUCGGUGCUGGUGAGCAGGAAGGACCCGGAGUCGAGGAAACAUGCGGUGGCUCAGCUCAACGAGAGGCUCUCCUCCAACGGCUACUGGCCUCAGAUGCUGAUGUUCCCCGAAGGAACCACGACUAACGGUCGGGCGCUCAUCAAGUUUAAGCCCGGCGCCUUCCUCGCCGGCGUCCCCGUCCAACCUGUCCUGCUGCGUUACCCCAACCGGCUGGACACCGUUCGCUGGACAUACAAAGGAACGUCCUGGCUUGAGACACUGUGGCACACCACGACACAGCUACACACCAAUAUGACUGUUGAGUUCCUGCCAGUUUACAAUCCUUCAGAAGAGGAGAAGAACGACCCCAACCUGUAUGCAGACAACGUGCAGAAACUCAUGGCCAAAGCUCUUGGAGUUCCGGCGACAGACUACGUGAUGGAGGGCGGGGUUCCUGUCAGUAAACUGGGUGGACUCUCCCUCCCGCUGGAGUCCCCCGCCAGAGAAACGCUGUCUCUGCUGCACAAGAACCGUGUGGAGACGCAUGAAAUCAAAGCUGCGCUGGACAGAAUGAUGGAGAAGUGUCAGACGGGAGCCUGGGGGUCAAGGGUCAGCACCAGGGAGCUCUCCUCCAUCCUGGCGAUGAAGGAGAAGCAGACGGCCGCUCAAAUCUGUAGCCUCUACUCCAAGGAUGACGACGUGGACCUCAGACAGGUCUACUUCAGCGUCUCGGCCCUCUCUGGAUUUUUCAGUUUCAAGUCUCUCCUCCACUCCGCUUUCACACUGUUCAGCAAAGAAGAGGAAGGCAGCCUGAGCGCGGAGGAGCUGUCCGACCUCAUGGGGGCGCUGCUGGGCAUCGCUCAGUACCACACGGCCGAGCUGUACGCCGAGGCGUCGGUUCGGGGCCGGCUAACCGAAGAAAACCUGCUGCGCGUGCUCACCACCCACCCGACCUAUCAGAGAGUGGUCAGCGGAUACCUGCAGCCCGGAGAGGCGGGCUCCUCGCCGUCGGCCAAUGGAACGGCUGCGAACGACGUGCGCGACAGCAACGGAUUCCCAACACAAGACAAGAAGCUCGACUGAGAAAUCGGGUUUGCUGGGGGGGGGGGGCAAAAGGAGUCGACCAUGGAUUGUAUUUUCAAAAAAAUAUUUGUGGAUGUAUUUUUCCGUCUUUCUAAAGUUACACAUGUAGCUUUUCCUGUUUUUAGAUUAUUCUUUAAAUGUUGAUUUUUAUCAUCAUAAAAUGUGUUAUUUAUAAAAUAUCCUGUCAUGUGUUUUUUUCUAGAAUACUGUUUUGUGCAAAGAGAAACUGAUGACUUCUUCGAAUUUUACAUGUAAAUUGGACUUUCUUGCAUUUUUGUGUGAAUAUUUUUUUUUUAAGAUUUAAUAUUAAAAC